UAAAAAAUUUUUAGCAAGGUUUACUAUAUCAUUAGUUGUGAUUUCAGUUACCUGAGCAGAUAGAAUAAAACAUGUAAACAGUUAGAACGUAAAUAGUAUGAAAUUGUAUUUAAGUAGAAUAAUACAGCAAAAACCUUAUAUAACACAUAUUAGUGAGCAACAAGCAUCGAGUUUAGCAGUCGAAACAGCCACGCAUUAAAUACAUUCGAAGUAGUAAAGUGCUACAUCUAUAACAUUUUAACUAAAUAUUUGGAAAUACCACUGUGUACGGUUUUAUUUACAUCAGCUGCUUUGAGUUCCCAGGCAACUUUGUAAACAAACUCCUGACUGUUUGAUUAUUCUAAGCUUAUACAAUAUAUAAUAAUGUCACAAGAUUCAUCUCCACAAAAAAAACGCUAUUAUCAAGAGGAAAGAAAAGAGUCUGAAAAUGAAGACGACGAUAAAUAUCAACCUUAUGUGCCGGUUAAAGAGCGCAAGAAACAAAAACUUAUGAAACUUGGACGUAUUGUUCAACUAACAGCAGAAGCGGCGUCACAAGGAAAAUCUUCCAGCGAAAAUGAAGGAGAUGAAGAUUCACAAAGUGCUGCAGAUCCAGAAAAUUGGGGUCGUAAAUAUAAUAUAAGUUUACUUGAUCAACACACAGAAUUGAAGAAAAUUGCUGAAGCGAAAAAAGUAAGCGCAGUGGAAAAGCAAUUAAAAGAAGAAGAAAAAAUUUUAGAAAGUGUUGCGCAGCAGAAAGCACUUAUGGGUGUAGCUGAAUUGGCGAAAGGUAUACAAUAUGAAGAUCCCAUAAAAACAAGUUGGCGACCGCCACGUGCGAUCGCUGCAAUGUCAGAAGAACGUAGAAAUGCCAUACGAAAACAUUUACGUAUAUUGGUGGAAGGUGAUGAUGUUGCUCCACCAAUUGCUAGUUUUCGGGAUAUGAAAUUCCCAAAAGGUAUAUUGAACGGUCUGGCAGCAAGAGGCAUUAAGCGCCCAACUCCAAUACAAAUACAAGGAAUACCUACCGUACUGUCAGGACGAGACUUGAUAGGAAUUGCUUUUACGGGUUCUGGAAAGACUCUAGUAUUUGUGUUGCCAAUCGUUAUGUUUGCACUCGAACAGGAAUAUCGUUUGCCAUUUGUGCGAAAUGAAGGGCCUUAUGGUUUAAUUAUAUGUCCAUCACGUGAAUUGGCCAAACAAACACAUGAUAUAAUAAUGCAUUAUAGUCGUCAUUUAAAAGAAAGUGGUAUGCCAGAGAUACGUUCUUGUCUUGCAAUUGGUGGUUUGCCAGUGUCAGAAGCUGUUGAAGUGAUAUCACGUGGAGUGCAUAUAAUGGUUGCCACGCCUGGUCGCCUUAUGGAUAUGUUGGACAAAAAAAUGGUGUCACUAGAUGUGUGUCGAUAUUUAUGUAUGGAUGAAGCAGAUCGUAUGAUAGACAUGGGUUUCGAAGAAGAUGUGCGCACAAUAUUUUCAUUCUUCAAAGGACAGCGUCAAACGUUGCUGUUUUCUGCUACUAUGCCCAAAAAAAUUCAAAAUUUUGCACGCUCUGCGCUGGUUAAGCCAGUUACAAUCAAUGUGGGCCGUGCUGGUGCAGCCUCCAUGAAUGUUACUCAAGAAGUUGAGUACGUAAAACAAGAAGCAAAGGUCGUAUAUUUAUUGGAAUGUUUACAAAAAACUGCGCCACCCGUGUUGAUUUUUGCAGAAAAAAAGCAAGACGUCGAUUGUAUACACGAAUAUUUGCUAUUAAAAGGUGUGGAAGCAGUUGCUAUACACGGUGGUAAAGAUCAAGAAGAACGUUCCCGUGCCGUUGAAGCUUAUAGAGAUGGUAAAAAAGAUGUACUUGUCGCAACUGAUGUCGCCUCAAAAGGUCUUGAUUUUCCGAAUGUGCAACAUGUUAUCAAUUAUGAUAUGCCAGAUGAUGUGGAGAACUAUGUGCAUCGUAUUGGUCGUACGGGUCGCUCGAAUACGAAAGGUUUAGCAACAACUUUUGUGAAUAAAACAACAGAACAAUCUGUUCUAUUGGACUUAAAACAUUUACUCAUUGAAGCCAAGCAAAAGGUGCCUGAAUUCCUUGUUGAACUUUGUCCAGAAGCAGAACAGUACCUUGAUUUGGGAGACUCACAUGGUUGCAGUUACUGUGGUGGCUUGGGUCAUCGUAUUACCGAUUGUCCUAAACUCGAAGCUGUACAGAGUAAACAAGCAUCGAAUAUUGGCCGGCGAGAUUAUCUCUCAAAUACUGCUGCUGAUUACUAAAUACGCUUUAACUGCGUAAUUAAUUUAAUUAAUCAAAUUACUGAUAAGUUCUGGCACAAUACCUGCAAUAUUUUGUAUGUCGUUGAUUUUUUGGUAUGUACAAAUGUAAUGUAUCCGUUUUUUUGUGUGCGUUUUUUUUAAAUAAUAAGACUACAUAAGUCGGAAAACAAUUCUAUUGAAAUCAAUAAAUUUCAACUGA